CACGAGUGUGCGAGAGGCUUGUGUACACUUUCAUUCGCUGAAAGUCGCCAGACAGUGAUCGACUACAGAACAGUAAGCAUCGUCAAUCGAAUCCUGUAGCGAAUCAGUUGCUGACAAGUAUCGGUCUUCAUAAUCAACGGACUGGCAAUCAUGAAUCAAAACACCAACGAGAGCACUGAAAACCUGAUCCAAAUGGAUAGCAAGAACUGCUACUGUAUACUAUUUCCAAACUACAAGAAACUCGAUCUUUCCACUAUCGAGGACAUUUUUUCCAACUACGGCCGAGUUAUCAGCGUAACCGCCGCUGGUAACGAAAGGGGUUACCGCUUCGUACGCUACCCAAGUCGGGAAGAAGCUCAAAGAGCAGUGGAAAACGUGACCAACGAUUACGACAUCCAUCUCAAAAGUCACAAACCCAAGAACCAACUUGAGAGACAGUCCAAAAGCUACAAGAAAUACCUGAAGAGCAUCGAGGGCCAGAGAGACGAAUCAGUCGAAGAGUUCAAGCGACCUAGUGUUCCCGUAUGGGAGUACGAGGUGCAGGAGAACCACUCGGACUCUGGCAGCUGCUCCUCCAACGAGUUGAAGGACAAAACGUUGUACUUCGUUAAAAAAUCUCCGAGCACGAAUAGCUCGCCGGGCUUGGAAAACAGUGACCAGCUGAGAUCAACCGUCAGCAUGGAGAGGAUGAACCAACGGUACUACGAGCUGGAGAACCCCAAACAGCAGGUUGUGACACCCAGUGAUAGUGAAUGUGUGCCAGAUCUUGUGAGUACCAAGGACCCGGAGAAACAUAUGGUCGUGCUGACGGCCGGGGAAGUCGUGGUUGGCAACAUACCUACCAGGUUGGGGGGAGCAUUCCUGCUGCACCUAUUCGACAGGCAUCAUCCCAUAGCGAUUAGUUACUUGCAAUCUGUUCCCAGAGCCAAUGCAAGAUACUGUCACGUUUACUUCAGGAGUGACAAGGAGGCACAGUUGGUCGAACGAGAGUUUGAUCAAUACGACCUGAUGGGUAGGAGACUAGUCGUCAUGCGACCUGAGAAGUUAGUGAGGUUUGGUGCUAUGUAAACGAUGAAUUGGUUAUCGGUGUUGCUAAUGUUGCGACUGCGCGCGUUUUAUGUGAAUUCUAGAAGUGUUUGAAAGGCCAGUUCACAAAUUUGUGGCACGAGAUGAACUUUUCAUAUCCGGUUGUAAAUAUGUUAUACAUGUCGUACUGACGCUGUAUUCCAGGCGAUUGUAUAACUAAUUGAAGAGUCAAUAUUUGCAUAGUUGAAUUGAAAGGUCGGUUUACAACUUUGUGACACGUUUAAUUAUUAUACAUUCCGCUGUAAAUAUCUUAGCAUUGUCUCUCUAUAUAUUCCAGACGACGUUAACCGAUUGAAUUAUUGAAUGAAACAAGUUUAAAAAUCAAUAUAAUUUAUAAGUAUACAUUACAGUAAGACGAUCAAGAAUCCUCACUUGAAUCGUCGAAAUAAAGUAUAUUGCAUUUUUAAAAACUUUAAA